AUGAACCCAAGCGAAGGAAUAGCGAUUGCUGUCGCACUACUGGCUGUGGUUAUUGCGAUUAGCCUGUUCAUGCGGAAGCCAAAACAAGCAAGGCGGGCUGUUAUAGCUGGGCGAAAGGGUGUGGGAAAAACAAAGCUGUUUCUUGCGCUCACGAACAAAUCUAAAACACACCCGAAAACAAUCCCGUCCUCGAGCGCAAACAAAGAAAAACUGUGCGGAGGCGUACUCCUUGUUGACGCGCCCGGGGCAGAGCUUCUCAGAGACGUUCCAGAGCUCAAAAACAUGACAAGCAGAGACACGCUGAUAUACGUAUUCAGCAGAAAAGAGGACGAGUUUCCAAAGAACUUUAAAACGCCUUCCUCUGUGGUUAAGAUAUACACAGGCACAGAAGAGAAGUGGAGCACUGACGCGAUCCGCCUAGGCAAAGAGCCUUCCCAAAAGGCAAUCGAAGAAAUUUCUACAUGGCUAAGGUAG